GAACCCAUAACCAGGAACCCAAAUUUUUAAUUUUUGGUAAUGAACCUGUAACCUUCAGGAACCUUUGAAUUUUAACCGAAAUUUUGUUUUCGGUACGCAUCCCUGUGGGUUAUUGAUUUUUUCGUGUCUGGGCAAAAUUCAUGACCUUGAUGCGCAUUCAGCUUCAUAGUUAUUUUUUUCAUGUCAUAGAUAGGUGUUAAUUUUUUCGUUAUUUUUAACAUAUAGUGUAGUCGUAGUUCCCUCUGUCCAAGUCAUUUCUACUUCAUGUGUACCGGUAUCUCUAUGUUUAUCUUAUUAGCAAUUAAGGCGAAGUUUUUUCCAAAGUUGAAACAAUGCUUUUACUGCUGUUCCCUGAGGACUGGGAUGUUUUACAUUUGCUGGAUUAGUUUGUUAUGGAACGUAUACUUUCUUUACAAUGUAAAGGAUCCAGUUGAAAAGGAUCCUGCCAGUGUACCUUAUAUACUGAGAUUCAGGAUACACAUACUUGGUGAUCCACAAGCAGCACAGUACAUCAGUCAGUCCGAGUAUAGUGGGUUAUAUUAUAUGAUGGAAAUGAUAGCGUUUACAGUUGGUUUGAUUGGGAUUUAUUGCGUAGAACUCAUCUUGGUGCCUAAUUCUGCUACUUGAAAGUGAAACUUGUAUUCUACUUAUGUAUGUUUUCGUAACACUAUACAAACUGAAUAUAAGUAUUCAACGUGGAGAUUUGUCCAUUUUUAUAGAACACAUUUGCACGUUCCUAAUAACAGCAUUUAAAUGCUACCUGUACUUAAUCAUCCUGAGCUUCUGCAGCGAAGUAUUUUUCUCACGAAUCGUCCCAGCUGCAGUUCCAUCUCCUUCCACUCCAGCAUCAGCUCCCAGUGUAACCGAACCUACAACACCGGAAGCUUCUUGCAUCGAUUAUCCUUACACUAUACGGCCUCCUUAUGUUUUCAUCAUGACUCAGCCUUGUACAUCCAUCUAUCCACCUAACGAGAUCCCUCAAAUUGAGAUCCCUCAUAUAGAGAUCCCUCAUAUAGAGAUCCCUCAUAUCGAGAUCCCUCAUAUCGAGAUCCCUCAUAUCGAGAUCCCUCAUAUCGAGAUCCCUCAUAUCGAGAUACCUCAUAUCGAGAUACCUCAUAUCGAGAUACCUCAUAUCGAGAUACCUCAUAUUGAGAUACCUCAUAUCGAGAUCCCACAUAUCGUAGUCCAGACUGAUGUCGUUGAUCCUGAUGCCCCACCUUCUUAUUCCACUGUCGUGAAUGAGGAGCCACCUCCCUAUACAGAUCUAUAUCCUAUUGAUUUUAUCGAAAUUGAACGUCCCCUGUCAUGAGUUCAGGGAUGCUAACCUUAAUUAUUUUUAUUAAGGUUACAGUUUCACUCCAAUUUUUUUGUUGACAUUUUUCAGUUUUUGUUUCGGUUUUGGUUUUGAAAUUCAAAAUUUCAGUUUCGGUUUGGGUUUCGGUUUUAUUUACAAAAAUUUUGGUUUUGGUUUCGGUUUUCGGUUUUUUCUGGUUUUACAUAUUUCUUUUAAAUUUCUUCAAAAUUUUUCAAUCUCAAAAUACAAAGCAAUUUAUUUAAUUGAACGCGGUAUGCGUAACAAAUCUCAAAUUUAGGUGGGCAAAAUGAUCUUUUAUUCUUCCGAGCCUUUUUCCUGUUUAUAUUCACUGCCCUGAAAUGAAGGUAAAUAAGUUCCAAAUUGAAAACUGAUAAUCCUUCAAGAUGCCUUGCGGCCAUCUUGCAGCUUUUCACCCCAGCCUCAAGAAUUGGAAAAAAUUAUCGUGUGUAAUCGUAAUAUUUCGAUGGGUUCAUUAAAUUUUAUUCAUCAAUUUCCCUGGAUUUCGAGUCUCAAAAGUUGAAAAUGUGAAAAAAUUCCCACCAAAAAAUUGAAAAAUCUGAAAAAACCCAAACUGAAAACCGAAAAAAACCGAAAUAAAUUAUAUCAGUUUAGGUUUCGGUUUCACUCACUCUGCUUCAUUAUUAUUGUUAUGGUUUUUUACGGUUUUUAAAAAACCUAUGAAAUUUUGGUUUUUGUUUUCAGUUAGGGUUUGAAAAUGGCUAAAAUUAGGUUCUUGUUUGGGUUUUGGUUACGGUUUUCGGGUUUUUGCGGUUACGGUUAGCACCCCUGCAUGAGCUUGACGAUGUGCUUCCAUAUAUAUACCUUACUUAUACUGAUGGUGAGUCGUAGGGGACCUGGCCCUAAGGCGGCGUAAUUUUUUUUCCGAAGCCUGGUGCUCCUAAAGUAUCCAACCAAAAUGGACAAAAAUUUGAUGGAAGGUCCCUCAGACUAUCUACUACUUACCACCAAAAACGUGUAAAACUUUUGGUUUCAAACUCUCGUCUCAAUCGAAUGAAUUGUAAGUAGGUUGAAAUGCGCCGAUGGCAAAAAUGCAUUCCUAAGAUGGCGCAAAUCCAAUUUCAAUGUAAAACGUGAAACUAUAUAUCGAUUGAAUUUGAUUGAAAUUAUUAUGUUGAAUACCUACAUUAGGAUCCCUAAUUUACCCCCAAUUUUUUUGUUUCAGGCUGUUAGAAGUUUUUUAGUGAUUUGGCUGACAAUUAUGCUUUUUUCAAUAUUUUCACAGUAAUGCCUUUUUAUGAAAUAUUUUGAACAGAAACAUGUAACAUUAGGCACACUAUAUACACUACUACACAAUUCACUUAAAUCAACCCCUUUUUGUUGCUGAGAAGCUCCUGCUUUUGCGGCUGCGCUAUCAUAGGACUGUUUAUACAAAUUCAAAUUUUAGUAAAUUUAUGAAUGAACAUAAAUACUAAUGAAAAAACUGAGUAGUACAUUAGAAAGUAGAUGAAAUUUCGCACAUUAUAAGAUACUUUCAGUCAGUUUUGGUAAUGAAACCAAUUUGGAGGAGCUUCCGGCAAAAAAUUGCAACAAUCGAAUUUUUAAGCAAAAAAACAAAAAUAUGUUCUGAAGAAAGCAAGGUAAUUGUUCAAGCGGAUAUGACUAGUUGACUACAGUAAAAUGUCAAGAAUGUAAAGCACAAAGACGGUGUGCGGUUGGUUUUUACAUCAGCAUUGCCAGAUGCCAGAAAUUUGAAUUGCACCGUCUUAGGAACUGCGCCAUCAUAGGGCAGGGUCCCCUAUAUGUAUAGGGGUUAUGUGUAUGAUAUUCUUUUACAAGGGAGGUGCCUCAGGUGACAUUCGCCGAUUUUACUGAUUCAUGCACCAUUGGAUAGAGGACAUCGAAUAUAACCUAACUGCAAAUUUUCAGUUGCUGAAGAUGAUAAUUUCGAUUUUUGAGAGUAAUUUUUCGAUUUUCACAUAACAACAUAGCAAAAGGUAUUAUUUCGACAUUUUAAAACAUACGGUGAGACUAGCACAUGAUGAAAUUUACAGCUGAUGAAGUUCAUAUUUCAGUCAUUCAGGACGAUUUUUCGAUUUUCACGUUGCAAUUUUGAAAAAAUUGGUCAACAAAAAUCUAAAAAUCGUCCAAGAAGGCCGAAAUAUCAACUUCAGAAGCUGACAAUUUCACAGUGGGUUAGUCUCACCAUAUGUAUUAAAAUUCCCAAAUAAUAUGGAAGGUUUAGGUAUGCGACCUAGGCCGACUAUUUACGCUCAGUUCUUCAAAAUUGCUACCUAUAGUCCAGGAAAAAUAGCAUUCCAUUGGGAAAAAUGGGGGAGAAAGCUGAAUUUUGGUAUACUGGUCCAUUUUUUUGUGCUGAACACGAAUCCGAUGAGUCCCCGGUCGUCCCUGGUGUGCGUUCUCCCCUAUUGUGGAUCUAAGCCCCCCAAAACCAGUUUUUUGCAAUUUUCUCCCCCGCAUUGCAUUUUAGCGAGAAAUAGGUAGUCGGAUAAGAAUCUACGUCAAAUUUCCGAUCUAGUGAUAUAUCAACUUUCUUUCUACCCCCAAGGGGGGUGGAACCACAACCAUUCAAAAAAGGGGGUUCCCCAAAAAAUACAUAAGGGCUAUAGGCGCCUAAGAGGGGUGAAAUGGUCCCCAAAAGCGUUUAACAUGAAAGGUGGGUACCAUAGAGAAACCUCUGCGCAAAAAAUUUCAGAUCCACACCCCCUCCCCUUUUUGCGGAACCCCCCUUUUUUGAAAUUUCAGUAGCACUUUUCUCAGCCCCAUUUCAACCGAUUUUGAAAAUUUUUCUGGAAGUGAUGUAUAUCCUUGAUAGGUAUCCCCACAAAAAUUUUCAACCCCCUCCCCUCAUAUUUACCCCUCAAAAUAGCGUUUUUCGACUUUUCAAUGCUUUUCAACAAUGGUAAAACUUGAGGGGCCAAGUGCUCUGGAGAGGGCUAGAUGAGUGUAACAAAAAAUCUGACGUCAUAUUCGUGCUCAGCGGUAUCGAAUCAUAAGAAAAUGACACCCUGUUAAUUAAUAUUUAGUUAUUUUCCCCAAAAUUCCCAUUUUACCCCAACCCUCCCUAAGACACAUUUUUACACCAUUUUGAGGGGUAAAUAUGAGUGGACAUCCUAAUCACCAGAAAAGACAACAAAUUGGAAUAUGACAUCUAUAGGAAGCCUACUCACACCAACAACUACAUUCCUGCUGACUCUUACCAGCCCUGGAGCCAAAAACUGGCUGCUUUUAACAGCAUGGUCCACAGAUGUUGUGCACUACCCUUGAGCCCAGGAAACAGAAAGAGAGAAUUUGACCACAUUAAAAGAGUAGCCAACAAUCUGGGAUACAAGACUAGAACCAUAGACACCCUCAUCAAAAACCAUAUAAGCAAACAAAGAUUGAAAGAGAUCACCACUUUCCAAAGAGAUAAACCUGAAAAUAGAAGAAUCAAGCUGACCCACUACCCAGUCUUAACCAACAAACUUUGCCAGAUCUUCAGGAAAAAUGAUUUAGAACCUGUCACAACCAACCAACAUAAACUGAAAACCCUACUGGGAAGCCUCAAGGACAAAGACCCAAAAACUGACCAAUCAGGAAUCUAUAAGAUCACAUGCUCUGGCUGUGACAAGCUUUACAUUGGACAGACUAAGAGAAACAUCAUAACCAGAUACAAGGAACAUAUGCACAAAGCCAGAUACAAUAUUGAAGGAAAAUCAGCAAUAGGAGACCACAUUAUAGCAUCUGGACACACAAUAACUGAACUAAACUUGACCCUAGAAAAACCAGUUGCCAGAAUAUCAGAACUACCAAUUAGGGAAGCAAUAGCCAUGCAUAAAAACAAUAGAGAAAAACUCCUCAAUGAUGACUUGGGACCUUUGGACAUUGACCUGCUCAAAUGCCUACAUGGAACCAGUCACAUACACACUCCAUACAAACAGACACACCCAUCCUGGUAGUGACCACACCCAAGUUUUAGGACCAAUCACAACACAGAGAAAUUGACACACCCAAAGAAGUGACCACACCCAACCUUUACUUUAAGUUGUUACUUUGUAUUAGUUCAUUAAGUGCUCUUGCCUGAUGAUGAAAAGUUGUACUUUUUGAAAAGAUCUUUGCAAUAAAAAGCAUUAAAAAUAAGGAGAGAGUUUUUUCUUUUCCAAUUCGAUUUUCACUUUUUUUUUUUUUUGUUAAAUGUUUUCCAAUUUUGUCGGGCUUAUACGAGUAAAUAAAUGUACAAGAAACCAAACCGGCUUGGGAGACCACUGUUCACUUGAAAAAAGACUUACCUAUUUAGACACAGCAAAUGAGUUAUAUUUUCAAAAAAUUACUGGUUUUGACGAACUAUCUUUUUUUUGUUUUUGUUCUUUUUAAACUUUGGGGACUUCAUGAAACAGGAAUUAUUUAUGUAAACAAACUCUUGGGCAUAAAUUAGGAUUUAAAAGUUUUUUAAAACCUUUUUAAGGGUUUUUGGAAUGUUUGUUUUUGGAAAAGGAAAAAAUUGGGGGAGGGCUCUAAACAGAAAUUUCAAAAUAAGAAAACCUUUUGUUGCAGAUAAGUAUAGGUAUGGAGAGUAGAAAUAGUAUAGAUCACGAAAAUAAAACUUUCCUGAUUUUUAUCAAACUUAAACAACUUAAGUAUAGCUUCUGAUAUUUUACAAUAGAAUCUAAUAUUUUCAUUCGUGCUUGAGGACUCCUGACUUAGUCAUCUACAUGGCUAUUGAGGGCUCAAAUUUUUUCUGGGCAGUUUAAUCCACUCUGUGUAAACUUUCUUCGCCCAUCGCCUAUUUUCUUCAAAACCAAUGACAUGUUAUCUCAAUUCACUUUUGUGGAGAGGGAAUGUCAAAUACCCACUUUAAAUGUAUAGUCUAGCCUACAAAUAAUACACCAAGAUAAAUUUCGUCAAAUUUAAAAAAAUGUUUCCUCAAAAAUUUCAAUUUCGCUUCAUUUAUAACAUUUUAUUAAUUUGAAAAUAAAUAUUAAGAGAGGUGCCCAUAGUCCUACUCUUGAAAGAUCAACAAAAAAUCGCUUCAUUGGGCACUGAUUUGAAAAUAUUUCCAAAAUUGUAAAGAAUUGCCGCAGUUUACAUUUCCUCCUCCCUAAUAAUUUAAAUUCAUCUUUGAACCAUAUCAUUGCCAAAUGACACUCAUUUAUGGUAUUCACGAACUUUAUUUACCCGUAUUUACAAAGUGAGUACCUACCUAUAUGAAAAAAGUGGUAUCUUGUGAAUUUGUUUUCUAUUCAUUUUCAAUAGAUGAAGGAAAAUAACUCGUGAAUUUCAGUUUCACGCUCAGCUAUGCCAAUGCCGGAAGACUUUUAUUUACCUAUAGUAGCGAUAUAAUUCCCUAUACCUAGGUGCGUUUAUGAUUGUCCGUAACUCUUACGGCCUGUUACAGAAAAGUAAAACCUGUACGUACAUACUAAUCCAUCGAACGUGUAUUUUUUUUUUAAUGUUAAGUAAUACAGAAAACCUCCAAGUAAGUACAUGAUACCGUUCAUGCUUUACAAAUUGAUCCUCAUAUUCAUCUUUACCAUAAUCUUGGGAUUCGCUCCAGCCAUGGUGGACGAAAUUAAGAAACACUUCGAACAUAUCCGAGAUGAUAACGUUCUGCCUUGUAUUAUUCUCACGUCGUUAUUCUUUUUAGCUGUCGAAGCGUAUUUCUUACUCAUUUUAUUCAAUCAUUAUCAAAACGUACGUCACGAAACUAUGGAAGCUGAAAAUUCUCAACCUACCUCGUUCUCAGCUGAGAUACCGGAACCUGUAACGCCUUCAAUUCCAUCUUAUACCAGCGAAACAUUCAAAAAAGUGGCUCCUCCACCAUACGAGCUGUCUAAAAACUUACAACCAGAAUAAUUUUUCCUCCUCAACUCUAAAAAAGUUACAUUGGAGCUUACCAAAUGGAACGUAGUUGUUUCAAGUUCAUCCAAGUCCAUCGUACCUAUUUAUUAUUAUUUCUGCAUUUCUGUGUAAAAAUAUCAGUAAUUUUCAUAUUUUUUGUGAAGCUUAUUAUUACACUCUCAGAGAGUAAUUUUGACCUCGAGAGAAUAUCUGCUCCAAAAUUGAGCGCAAUAAAAAUUUGUCCAUUUGAAACAUUUUUUCACUUCUCAAUUCGACCAACGUUUUUGAGUCAUGUCGUUCGAUUUCGCACAAUUUUAUUUCAUAAUGUCUACCAACCCUAUAAGUAAAAAAACCGCAAUCAGUUUGGUCCCAGCCUCUUCAAUGGUCGGAUAAGGGGGAGGUGGGCUUCAAUUACAUAUUUUCACAUUGUCUCGAGGUACACAACUUCAGCAGCGCAUGCCUCCAAAGGUAUGAUAUCUACUUUCAUCAAAACUGAUUGCACAGUUCGAAAACGCAUUGCAUUUUGAACUUUUCAAGUAUUUUGAAAUUUUCAAAAGUUGAAAGUUGAACUUUCAAAUUGAAAGUUCAAAUUUGAAAAUGACGCUGUAAGUGAGAGCUACCAUUUAAAAAUCUGAAAAAAUUUCCAUAGAUACACUUUUUGAUGGUUUUUCGAAAUAUUCAAUUUUGGAGAUGGGAUAUUUUAAUGGAGGGGGAGCAGCCUGAGGACAAUUUGGGCAAAACUUUCAAAAAAAAAUCCGAGGAAUACGAAACAUCCCCAUUGGAAAAGGAAGGGGGAGGAGAUUCAUCACCAUCUGCCUCUACAAUUUAUUUGCAUCAUAAUAAUUUUUCUAAUUCGCAGAUAAGUAUUUUUAAUUUUAAUUAUUUAUAAAUUGAAAAUCGAAGUUAUAACUCUGGAAAUAAAUUUAGGCACGAGGUAGUCGGAGUGUUGUAGAUGAAGGAAGGAGCGGAAGGGAGGGUUGAAACACUCCGAAAUUCCAAAAAUCAGAAUUUUACUAAUUUCAAACGUUUUGUUGCUGGGUUGAUUUUUUUAUUACUAAAACUAGGUAGAUACCUAUUGCAAAAUAUGUAAACUUGGUAAAAUAAUUAUGAGAAGAGUGGAAGGGUCAAUUACCCCAAUUUUUUAUAAGGCGCGGUAUUUUAGCCACCUUUAUGCUUUUAUAUUUUCAUUGUCAUGAUUAUUAUGAUUCUUAACAUUGAAACAAUAUGUAUUUGUACUUGUAGAAGGCGAACUUUCACCUGGUAAGUUUCAAAUUUUGAAGCCGGAAAAACCUGUUGAAUUGGCUCUCAAUGUAGGAUCAAAGGUAUACCUAAUUCACUAGAUGAGUGCUUUCUAAUCAUUUAAAAAAAUUUUUAAUCUGGGCUUGAAAAUUUGUAAGGAACUUGAGUGGUUAUCAUCCCAGUCUGGGCCCAAAACCAUCUUUAGGACUUGGAUUUUGGAAUUUUUAUUCGCAAGAAAAUCUUCUCAAUAAAAAGGGGGGGGUUCAGCCUUCAGGGCACCACGCACGGUUUCAAAUCGGUAAUUUUUUUGGACCCCAUAACCAGGAACCCAAAUGUUUAAUUUUUGGUAAUUAACCUGUAACGUUCAGGAACCUUUGAAUUUUAACCGAAAUUUUGUUUUCGGUUCGCAUCCCUGCGGGUUAUUGAUUUUUUCGUGUCUGGGCCAAAUUCAUGACCUUGAUGCGCAUUCAGCUUCUGCUUAUUUCUUUCAUAUCAUAGAUGAGUGUUAAUUUUUUCAUAAUGUUUAACAUCGUGUAGUCGUAGUUCCCUCCAUGUCCAAGUCAUUUGAAGAAGACUUGAUAUGGAUCGGUAUCUAUAUCUUAAUCUUAAUCUUAUUAGCAUUUAAUGAUGAGUGUUUUCCAAAGUUGAAACAAUGCUUUUACCACUGUUCCCUGAGGACUGGGAUGUUUUACAUUUGCUGGAUCAGUUUGUUAUGGGACGUAUUCUUUAUUCUUUACAAUGAAGUAGAACACGUUGAAAAGGAUCCUGCCGAUGUACCUUAUUUACUGAGAUUCCUUGAUGGUCAAAAAAUGAUCUGUUUAAAUCCAUCAUUGCAUCCGUUCAGUCCGUAUUGUCGGUUAUAUUAUUGGAUGGAAAUCAUAGAGUUUACAGUUGGAUUGAUUGGGAUUUAUUUCAACUCAUGGUGGAUCCUAUUUCUGCAACUUGUAAGUGAAACUUGUAUUCUACUCAUAUAUGUUUUCAUGACACUAUACAAACUGAGAGUUGGAUCCAAUUUUAUAGACCUCAUUUGCUCGUUCCUAAUAAUAGCAUUUAAAUGCUACCUGUACUUAAUCAUCAUGAACUUCUGCAGCGAAGUAGUUGAGGGACGAGAUGGAAGUGGUCUAAGAGGCAUCAUAAUCGUCCGCGCUGCAGUUCCAUCGCCUUCCGCUCCAGCAUCAGCUCCCAGCGUAACCGAACAUACCAUACCGGCAGCUUCUCGCAUCGAUUCUCCUUACGCUGCAGUUCCAUCGCCUUACGCUCAAGCAUCAGCUCCCAGUGUAACGGAACAUACCAUACUGGCAGCUUCUCGCAUCGAUUCUCCUUACGCUAUACAGCCUCCUCCCAUCUUUACUCAGCCUUGUACACCCAUUUCUCCACCUGUAGUCCAGACUGAUGUCGUUGAUCCUGAUGCCCCACCUCCUUAUUCCAUUGUCAUGAAUGAGGACGAGGAGCCACCUCCCUAUGCAGACCUAUAUAUUUAACGAAAUUGAACGAUCCCUGUCAUGAAUUUGAGGAUGAGCUUCCAUAUACGAUAGGGUCGUUAGGUACCUACUUAUACUGAUGAUGUGUGGUAUAUAGUGGUUAUGUGUAUGAUAUUCCACUAUUCUGACUAAAAAAAUCAAAGUGAAAAAUCUGAAAACGAUUAGUGCAUGAGGAAGCUGUAGGUAUUGUGGCUGAGAAAAAAGGAGAAGGGGGUUGAACUGUUCAAAAUUUUUGGAAACCAUUAUUUUAGCCAUUCUUACGCAUUUUACUGUCAAUAUUGUUAUAGGUAUCAUCGACUUCUUUGGCCCUGAAUAAUUAGAAAACACGUACAUGAACAAUAUAAACAUUUUAAAUAGUAAUUUUGACAUCACAGAGACUCAUUUGGGAUGUCAUGAAAGAAGAGGCGAGGUAUAGAGGAGAAGAGAUUCAUCACCAUCUGCCUCCAUGUACAAUUUUUUUGCAUCAUAAUAAUUUUUCUAAUUCGCAGAUAUUUUCAAUUUUUAUUUUUUGUUUAUAUUUUGAAAAUCGAAGUUAUAACUCUGGAAAUAAAUUUAGGCACGAGGUAGUCGGAGUGUUGUAGAUCGAGGAAGGAGUGGGAGGGAGCGCUGAAACACCCCUAAAUUCCAAAAAUCAGUAUUUUACUAAUUUCAAACGUUUUGUAGGUGGGUCAAUUUUUUAAGUACUAAAACUAGGUAGGUACCUACCUAUUGCAAAUGUAAACCUGGUAAAAUAAUUAUGAGAAUGAGUGGAGGGGUCAAUUACCCCAAUUUUUUCUAAGGAGCGGUAUUUUAGCCACCUUUAGGGUUUUAUAUUAUUUUCAUUGUAAUGAUUUUUAUGAUUCUUAACAUUGAAAAAAUAUGUAUUUGUAGAAGGCGAACUUUCACCUGGUAAGUUUAAAAUUUUGAAGCUGGCAAGCCCUGUUGAAUUGAUUCCCAAUCAGGGUUGUACAAAAACGUGUUUAAAAAAAAAACAAAAAAAAACGGUUUUUUUUUGUUUUAAAACUGCUUUUUUAAAAUGUGUUUCAAACAUAAAUUCAUUUGUUUUGUGUUCACCACACAUCAAUUUUUUAGACGUGUCGUCAUAUGGCGUUUUACAACAAAACUAUAACCAUAUCCAGAGUUGAAAGAAGUAAUUUAGAAGUAAUUUUCAACGAGGAAUUCGAAUCCGAUGCCCUUUUUUUUCGCUAGACCUCUGGGGGGAGGGGGGGGGGGGGUUGUACCAAAAUCAAAUUUUCAAAAAUGAAAAAAAAAUCAAGUGAUUUGUCAAAAUAUUGUUUUUUUUGGGUCAAAAAACACAAAUCUGAGGUCUUUUUUUUCACUCAGACCCCUUGGAGGCCCUUGGGGAGGUGCUAACAACAUCAAAUUUUGUAAAAAUAAACAAAAUCGAGUGAUAUGUUAAAAUAUAGGUUUUUUGGAUCGAGAAACAAGAAUCUGAGGUAUUUUUUUUCUUCAGCCCCCUCCAGGGCCCUUGGGGAGGUGCUACCGAAAUCAAAUUUUGAAAAAAUCACAAAAAUUUGAGUAGUUUAUCAAAAUCUGGAUUUUUUUGGUUGAGGAGUUUUAUUAUAGUCAGUUUUUCAAUCAUUCGACCCGAUAUUGUCGGUUAUUUUAUAUCAUAACUUGAAAAAUCGGACCUAAUCGGAAAGUAACUAACCACUCCCAAAUUCUACACACUUCAACACACAUUCUCACGCAAUCGCGGUUUUGAAGGGAGUUGAAUGAAAAAACUUAUGCCAUAUACAAUUACAAUUACUUCGCGUUAAUUUAGUUAAAAUGUAGUCGAGUUUGAGACGAGUUAUCUCAAGAAUGGCAGCACCUCUCCAAGGGCGCCCGAGGGGUCUGAGGUGAAAAAGGACCUCAGAUUCGUGUUCCUCUACCCAAAAAAACCUAUAUUUUAACAUAUCACUCGAUUUUUUUCAUUUUGGUAGCACCUCCCCAUGGGGUCUGAGGGGAAAAAAACGCAGAUUCGCGUUUCUCGAUCCAAAAAACCUACAUUUUGACAUAUCACUCGAUUUUUUUUUUCAUUUUUACAAAAUUUGAUUAUGGUACCACCCACCCACCACAAGGGGUCUAGCGAAAAAAAAAGGCAUCGGAUUCGAAUUCCUCGUUGAAAAUUACUUCGAAAUUUCUACUUUCAACUCUUGAUAUGGUCAUAGUUUUGUUGUAAAACGCCACCAUGCGCGCCUUUUUUCACCAUCCGAGUCACUGUGUGGGGAGGGAGAGAGGAGAAGAGUUUCAUCACCAUCUGCCUCUAUAAUUUUUCAGCAUCAUAAAAAUGUUUCUAAUUCAGAGAUAUUUUUUAUUUUUAUUUGUUUAAAAUUGAAAAUCGAAGUUAUAACUCAGGAAAUCAAUUUAGGCACGAUGGAGUCGAAGUGUUCUAGAUCAAGGAAGGAGUGGGUGGGAGGGUUGAAACAUCCCGAAAUUCCAAAAAUCAGUAUUUCACUAAUAGGUACCCCAAUUUUUUCUACGGAGCGGUAUUAUAGCCUCCUUUUGGCAUUUAUAUUUUCAUUGUCAUGAUUUUUACGUUUCUUAACAUUGAAAAAAUAAUGUAGGUAUUUGUAGAAGUCAUUGACGUUAUUGGUAGAAGUCGAACGUUCACCUGGUAAGUUUAAAAUUUUGAAGCCGGCAAGCCCACUUGAAUUGGCUCUUAAUGUAGGAUCAAAGGUAAACCUAUUCACUAGAUGGAUACUUUUUGUGUACGUACGAGAACCUACUUUCUGUUCUUAUGCUUAAAAAAGAUAUUGUACUUAAUCAUUUUAAACAAAAUUUUAUCUGGGCUUGAAAAUUUGUAAGGCACUUGAGUGACUCUCAUCUCCGUCUGGGCCCUAAACCAUCUUAUAUGUAGGACUUGGAUUUUGGAAUUUUUAUCCAUAAGAAAACCUUCUCAAUAAAAAAGGGGCUUCAGCCUUCAGGGCACCACGCACGGUUUCAAAUCAGUAAUUUUUUUUUUGAACUCAUAACCAGGAACCCAAAUUUUUAAUUUUGGGUAAUUAACCUGUAACCGUUGACCGGAACUUUUUUCUCAGGAACCUUUAAAUUUUAACCGAAAUUUUUUUUCUGUUCGCAUCCCUGUAGGAUAUUGAUUUUUUUGUGUGUGGAAAAAUUCAUGACCUCGAUACGCAUUCGGCUUAUAGUUUCUUUCAUGUCAUAGAUAAGUGUUAAUUUUUUCAUUAUUUUGAACACCAUGUCGUCGUAGUUCCCUCUGUCCAAGUCAUUUGUACUUCCUAUCUUGAUACCUACGGGCACGAAGUGUUUCCUGAUGUUGAAAACAUGCUUUUUCUGGUGUUCCCUGAGAACAGGAAUGUUCUACAUUUGCCGGAUUAGUUUGAACUCAUGUUGGCUCCUAUAUCUGUUAAUCGGAAGUGAAACUGUUAUUCUAUCCAUGCAUGUUUUCAUUACACUAUACACAGUGAACAAAACUCUACAUGAACGUUUCAGAGGAUCCAAUUUUACAGACUCCAUUUGCACGUUCCUAAUAACAGCAUUUAUAUGCUAUCUGUACUUCAUUAUCCUGAGCUUCUACAAGGAGUUAUCGGACGGACAAGACGGAUGUGGCCUAGGAGGCAUCCUAAUCACCACCGCAGCAGCUCCAUCGCCUUCCGCUCCAGCAUAUCCUUAUGUUUUCCUCAUGACCCAGCCUCGUACACACAUUUCUCCACCUAACGAGAUCCCUCAUAUCGUAGUCCAGACUGAUGUCGUUGAUCCUGAUGCCCCACCUGAGAUCCCUCAUAUCGUAUUCCAGACUGAUGUCGUUGAUCCUGAUGCCCCACCUGAGAUCCCUCAUAUUGUAGUCCAGACUGAUGUCGUUGAUCCUGAUGCCCCACCUCCUUAUUCCAUUGUCAUGAAUGAGGAGCCACCUCCCUAUGCUGACUACGCUCCUCAAGGAGACCUAUAAAAACAUUACUUUAUCAAAAUUGAACGUUCCCUCUGAUCCAUGCAGUAGUACGAAUCUUGAACAUACGUGUAUUGAGCAACACUGUUCCGGAUAUGAGCUCCGGCAAGAAAUUAUCGAAUGAGUACAAAAGUGAUCUAAUGUGGCUGAGCUUGGUCACCUUUGUGGUGGUUGCCCAUGCAUUAUACGGUUACAAAGCUUCACUAUGAUCUUGGGAUUCGCUCCAGCCAUGGUGGACGAAAUUAAGAAACACUUCGAACAUAUCCGAGAUGAUAGCGUUCUGCCUUGUAUUAUUCUCACGUCGUUAUUCUUUUUAGCUGUCGAAGCGUAUUUCUUACUCAUUUUAUUCAGUCAUUAUCAAAACGUACGUCACGAAGCUAUGGAAGUAUGGAAGCUGAAAAUUCUCGACCUACUUCGUUUUCAGCUGCGAUACCUGAACCUGUAUAAGGCCUACAUAUUCCAUCGUAUAUACCAGCGAAACAUCCAAAAAAUGGCUCCUCCACCAUACGCUGUUUAAAAACUUACAACCAGAAUUUUUCCUCCUCAACUCUGUGUAAAAAGAUCAGUAAUUUUCAUUUUUUGUGAAGCUUACAGAGACUAAUUUUGACCUCAAGAGAAUAUCUGCUCCAAAUAUAAGCGCAAUAAAAAUUCGUCCAAUUGAAA